AUGAAUCUUGAGCCAGUUUAUUCCUCUUCUUCUUAUUUUACCAACAAAGAAACAAUCGUUGAAACUCUUCAAAAAGAUGCUGAAUAUUAUACAAGGAAGCUUGAGCACAGUCGAAAACAAGCUGAUAUACUAAAUCAAGAACUAGAAGAAACAAAAUCUAAGAUUUUAGCCCACCGGUCAAGUCGCCUUUCUUUUAGCGAAUCCAAAGCCAAAAUUCAUUCGCUUAUAGCUAAGGCAGCUUGGCUUGAAGACAAGCUUGCUUUAGAGAAAAGUAAACUAAAUAAAAGUUUUCUUGAAAACAAGCAACUUAAAGAGAAAAUUGAAUUCUUGAGAAGAGAAAGGCAACUUCAUCAAAAAGUUUCUACAAGUUCAAGCCAAGAUCUUAGAAAAAUGCGAUCGUUGACUGAUAGAAUUAAAAACAAAAAUUUCCACUAUAAAUCUGAGACUGAAAACGUUAUUGAAAAAAUUGAACUAGCAAAAGCAAAGUUUGCGAGGUCUAAAACGAAUUUGAGAUCUCAGAUUUUUAAUCUCGAAAACAAUUUGAAUAAAUCAUUUGACUCAUCUCCUGAAGUAGCAGACGUGAAAAGGCCAAAAACUCCUAUGGAAAUGUAUAAUUUAAAUAAAUAUUUUACUGAAAAAUUUGGAGAAGUAGGCAAGGGGAAGUAUGCUGAGAUCGAUAAAUUUAGAAAAAACCGAAAAACAUUGAUUUCUGCGUUUAAUGAAAUGCGAGGACAUGAUUUAACUAUACCUGAAGUGGUCAAAGCAUAUUUAAGCUAUAUAAAUCAAUACAAUUCAUUAUGCAAAACACUUGGAGAACUGUCAGAAUCAGUUGACAAAGUAACCAGUGAGAUAAAAAAUAACAGAGACGAAAUUUCUGCAUAUAAAUCAAAUGCGAUUGGAGAAAGAGCCAAAGAUAAAUUAAAAUAUGAAGCUCUCAAAGUAAAAAUUUCUAAAAUUCAAGAAGAAUUAAAUAGAAAAAAUACUGCCACAGAUAAAAUCAGCAACCAACUAGCAAUAAUUUCAAUUCCUUUGCGAUUGAUUCGAAGUUGAUCUCACAAUUUAAAAGGGAAAAUUCCUCAAACUAAUGAUUUAAAUGACACUGAAGUGAUAUUUCACUCAGCAAAAGAAGCAGAUGAGUUUGUUGAUAUUUUAUCAUUUCUUAAAUUUAUUAAGCCAAAACCAGAAAAUCAAACAAUGCCUAAAACUCAAGUAAAGAGAAAAACUCUCAAAUUUGGAGAAGAUAUUGAGGGUGGUAAUAAUGCAGAAGACGAUAAACCAUUUUCUGUGGAUAGGUUUCGAGCUGUUGCUAAAGAAUUUGCUUUUAAGGCUAAUUAA